CGUGAAUGUGACGUUCUCUUCAGCAGCAGAAGGGCGAAAAAGGUAGCAGUGGCCGUUUGGCCCUCUGAUCUUCUCUGAUCUUCCGCGUGCGAUUACAAUGCUUGCUCUAUCAAGGCGCGUCACUGCUCUGCGCAGUGUGCUCAAUGCGGCGCCUACCACGGCCGCAUCACUGCAGCCCCACCUGCAGCAGCAUCCGCAUCAGCAGCGGCCGGCCGACCAUCAAGUGCGGCACUUUGCUGCGAGCGAGAAGGUCGUCAAGCAACGAAUGAGAUCUGUCAAGUCCAUCCAGAAGGUAUGCAAAGCGAAACAAAGCAAAACAAAGCGAAGCAGCGCGUGUUCCCACCUCUCUCUCUGACCUCUGCGUGGGUGCGGGCACCUCUCAGAUAACCAAGGCAAUGAAGAUGGUUGCUGCGUCGAAGCUCAAGAACGACCAGAGGAGACUCGAGAACGGCAUGCCCUUCGCACAGCCUGUCAUGGUCAGUGCGGAGUGCGACACACAGCCAUACACAGCUCACGUGUACCUUCUCUUUCUGUGCAGACUUUGCUAAAGAAGUUGCCGCAGGACAGCGCGGCGCUGAAGCCGACGGGCAAGGAGGACACUCUAAUGGUCGCACUCUCAUCAGGUCGACCAGCGUGAUCCACGCACACGUCAUCACAAGGACACCAAAACUCAUGUGGGGUGGGAUGGGUCGGUGAAUGAAUGUGCUGCAGACAAGGGUCUGUGCGGCGGUGUCAACUCAUCCGUGGCCAAGCUCGCCAGAAACACAGUGAGUGAACCAUACUUACACACACACACACACACACACUCUCUCUCUCUCUCUCUGCGUGCAUAUGCGUGUCUGUCUAUCUGUCUGUCUGUCUUUGCUGUGUGUGUCAGACCCUCGAGAAGGAGGGAGAGGGCGGUGUGGUUCGCAUAUUCGGCGUGGGCGACAAGAUACGAGCCGCACUCGAGCGGCUCUUCGCUGACCGGUAAGUCAUUCGGUCAAUCAAUCGGUCAUCAACGCAUGACAGCAGCAUUGCAUACCCGUGCGCGUGUGUGUGUAGGUUUGCACGUAUGGUGAGUGAGGUGACGCGAAACCCCUGGAACUUCACUAUGGCCUGCAUCAUCGCCACUAGAGUGCUCAAGGUAUGUUGCAAAACAGGCAGGCAGGCCAGCAGGUGUGUCUGACGCCGUGUGUGUGUGUGUGUGGUGUGCAGAUGAACCCGACCAAGUGUCUGCUGCUGUUCAACCAUUUCAAGUCGGUCAUCAGCUACGAGACAACCGCCAUGCCCCUGCUCACACCAGCCGACGCUGAGAAGGUCAGCCACACACCCUCACACGGAGACGCACACACGCACCCACGCGCAAUGAUCUCCAAUGUGUGUCCUUUAUCAGCUGGACAAGCGUGAGCUCGACACAUACGAGUUUGAGCCGGAGACAAGGGAAAUAUGGCAGGUGAGUGACUGACACUGGUGGUAAUGACUUGUCACUGACGUCAUAAUCACUUGUUUACGUGUGCCAUAACGCUCUUCCUCUCCUCUCUGUCAGGACAUCCAUGAGUUUUACUUUGCGUGCACCCUCUACGGCUGCAUGCUCGACAACAUCGCAUCCGAACAGGUAAGUAAACAGGGCAAGGGAAGGACGACUGCUGAUCCAUCCAUCCAUCCAUGGGUUCCUGUGGCGCGUGUGUGUGUAUCUGUAGUCUGCGCGCAUGAGUGCGAUGGACAACGCGUCCAAGAACGCCGGCGAGAUGCUCGACAAACUCACACUCGCGUACAACAGAGCGAGACAGGUAUCCCAUACUCAUACACGCCCACCCACCACACCCACACGGGUCUUCCUUUCCUGUGGCUCUCAUCUCAGGCCAAGAUCACGACCGAGCUGAUUGAGAUUAUCUCUGGCGCAAGCGCACUGUGAAUGAGUCAGCGAGUGCGGCCGUGGUGUUGCGUGCCAGCUGCCAUUUUUGGCCCCUUGUUCGUUCUGCUGGCCGCACGGUGUCUUUUCCC